AUGAAGGUCGUGCUGCUGCUGGCGAGUCUUCUGGGGGCCAGUCUCGGGGCCAGUCUGGGGCCCAGUCCGGGGGCCAAUCCGUGGGCCAGUCCGGGGGGGAAGCAUAGUCCUUGCAAAAGCCCACCUCUGCUGACUGGAGGACUCACUCUGGCCACACAGAACGAAAAACUCUGGUUCUACGCUGGAUAUGAGUACGAUGCCUUCGGGGAGCGCAUUCGCAUUCGUGAGGACGGAACCUUCAACAAAACCUCGUUCACUCGUGACUUUCUGCUGCUCUACAAAGAGGCCGUGUUGUACGAGAUCGAUAGUGUGAAAUAUACAUGUAUCAAGAGGCCUCUGAAGGGGCACUUCCAGCUCUUGGGGAUCCCCGAUGAUGCUAACUUUGUGGGGCAGUAUGUGAUCGGGGCCUCCUCCGGACCUGGGCAGGGGGUUCUGGUCAACACCUGGGGCCAACACGAAAACAGAAAAAAAAAUGAUCCGUACAUGAUGACAGUGACAGAGUUCGGCUGUUUCCCUGUGAGCACUUUGACCCACACCAAAGACUUCGGCUGGAUGGUCACCAGCUUCAUCAACACUGUAGAAGGCAUCUUAUACCCUGAUGGCCUGAACCCGCCCCCGUACUGCCCCGGUCUGGACGCCGAGCCACAAGGACCCCCUGUGGAUAUCAUCACCGCAGAAGAAGAGGAGUUUGUGUCAGAGGAGGGAGAGGAGCAGGUCAAAGAGGGAGAGGAGCAGGCCGAGGAGGGAGAGGAGCAGGCCGAGGAGGGAGAGGAGCAGGCCGAGGAGGGAGAGGAGCAGGCCGAGGAGGGAGAGAAGGAGGCAGAGGAGGGAGAGGAGGAGGCCAAGGAGGGAGAGGAGCAGGCCGAGGAGGGAGAGAAGGGCGAGCAAGACAACGCAUUUCCAUUACAGAUGAACUAA